AUGGCUCAUAGGCUGGCGGAGCUCGAGGAGCUCUCUGCGCCGCCCGCGGCCCGCGCGGGGGGGCCGCGCGCCGCGGGGUGCGGCGGCCGGGGCGCGGCCGGCGGCCGCCGCACCUCGGGCGGCCCGCCCGGCCUGGCGGCGCCGUGCCCGCCGGGCGCCGCUGCGGUGCAGGCCCCUGCGACCAGCGCAGCUGGCGGCUUCACCACGGUCAUGUUGCGUCACGUGCCAGAGGCCGUCACCCAGGAGAGCCUCAUCCUCGAGCUGGACAAGGCGGGCUUCGCCCUCGAGUACGACUUCGUGCACCUCCGCUCGGACCUGCGGAGCCGGUUCAGCUCUGACCGCGGCAUGGCCUUCGUCAACUUCUUGACCCCUCAGUCAGCUGGCGCGUUCUCCCAGGCGUUCCACGGCGCCCGCCAGGUGGGUGGGCAUGCGCUGGAGGCUGGCUGCCUCGAGGUGCUCCCGGCGAAGAUCCAGGGCUUCGCGCUCAACGCGGCUCAGCACUACCCGUCCGCCAGCGCCGCUCGCCGUGGCUUCCGGAGGGCCCGCCCGGUCUUCCUGCCCAAGACGGCCGACGCGCACGCGCAGCUCUGGAGUCUCGCGUGCCAGCGCCCGCUGCAGCCCAGGGCCCUCGCCGACCGAGGCCAGCCGAGGCCGGCGGGAGUAGGGGCCUGA